AGAAAAAAAAUUUAAUGGAAUGAAAACAAGUAACAACUAACUCUGUCAAUCAAUGUUCAGUCAGUGACUUAAACUGUCUUUCGUUAGUAUAUUUUAAGUUACUUUCAAGAAAUGAAAAAAUACAACUCAUUAUUGAACCUGUUUAGAUUUUUGUUAAUAAUUUUAACUACUUUAGUGAGGUUAGGUUCAGGAGGACCGGAAGAAAACGAAGGUGUAAAAUAUGCCAAUAAAUGUGAAGUCUGCAAGAUUGUGUCACAUGAGCUCCAGGCUCGGUUGGAAGAGACAGGGAAAGUGCAGGAGGUUCUGGAGAUCGGCUAUUCUUUGGAUGACGUAAAACCUAAGAAAAAGACACAGUACAAAAAAUCGGAACUGAGACUGGUGGAGUCCUUGGAGAAUAUUUGUGACAAGAUCCUGGAAUAUAAUAUCCAUAAAGAGAGGGAAGAUAGCACAAGAUUUGCCAGAGGAAUGAGUCAAACGUUCAAGACGCUUCAUGGAUUGGUAGACAAAGGAGUGAAGGUGGAUCUGGGUAUUCCAUUAGAGUUGUGGGACAAACCUUCUGUAGAGAUUACCAAGAUGAAAACUCAGUGUGAGCUGUUGUUAGAGGACUACGAGAGUGAGAUAGAGGACUGGUAUUGGAAACACCAAGAAGAAGAGAACUUGCAGAGCUAUUUGUGCACACAGCGCUACCUGAAGAACUCGGACCAGUCAUGUCUAACAGAGGGAGUUGAACUGAAGGCCAAGGGAGAGCAGGGAAACCGGCAGGAGAGGAAUGCCGGGGAACAGAAGAGAACUGAGAGGAAGAGAGAGGGAAGUGACGAGUUAUGAACCUGUGUUAUUCCUAGAUCAAUUGAUUGUGAAUAAAAAUAAUAAGAGCAGUUACAAACCUUGUGGUGCUCUUAACUUGUGGUUCCAAGUCCUAAGUGUUGUUUAGUGAAGAGAACUGUGAAAUAAGAAUUAAGAGGUGAUUUUUAUUGUCAUAAAACAUGUGACUGUUUAAGAUUACCAACAAUGAGGGUCCAUGCCACUAAUUCUUUGUGUGUUGAAGUAAACCUUCUCCUCUAAGUUUAAAAUUUCCAAUUGUAGGAAAACCCUAAUUUUGGUUUCUCUGACCAUAAAAAUGGCUUUGGUAAUCAAAAUAUUAUAUCUGUUUGUAUGACCUGUUUCAAGCAGGUUCUAGAGUAAUUUGCAUUCCAGAUGAAAACUGCUCAUUUAGAGAGAGGGAGAGGGAGAGCCGUUUCAAAGCUGAAAUCAAAGACUGAAAAUGGAUUAAUAAAAUAAAAUAAAAUCGGAGAAGCAAAAUUUGAAAGUGGUUAAUAAUGUGUAAGUAGAUAUAAUAACAAAACAUUUCUUAAACUAUAGAGAGCAAGUCUGAGGAAUGGCUAUGCGUGCUUCACAUAAUUCUGCUACUAACAGAUGAUACACAGGUGAUUAAACUAAAUGUUACUGCCUUGGUAUAAAUCUGACAGAAGGGAGAAUAUUCACUUGUAUGUUUUUUUAAUGUUUUAGUUUCUUUGAAAUGUUGUAAACAGCUCCCAUUUUUUAAGACAGUCCAUUUCAUUUUGUCAUGUAGAAUACCAUUUAUGUUCAGGUUUUUUUUAGAUAUUUAGUCAUUCAAUAAGUAACAAAACAAAUUACUACUGCUCAAAAACGGCUAAAUUGAUACAUAUGAAACUUCUAGGACAUAAAGUUGGCAGCCUUGCGUUGACAUCUGAUCAAGUGUUCAAUCAUAUUUUGUAAACAUAGCCUCAAAUUUACUCAGUUAACAAUGGCGUGUACGUUCCGAGUAUUGCACCGUAGAACAGCAACGUGCAAUGAUCAGAUUUUUAAUCUCGGAAGGUGAGAAAGGUUGUAAAAUCCAUGAAAUAAUUUUAGAAGUGCACGGAGACAAUUGUUUGAAUCACUCGAACAUUUACAAAUGGGUGGAACAGUUUCAAAGUGGUCGUAUAAAGGUUUCUGAUGAGCAACACAUUUGACGACCGGUCGAAGUUGGGAUUUCCUUUCUCAAAUCUCUAAUUGACACGUGAAUUCGUGACAAUAGCCAUAUCACUGUUGAACUGUUAAGUUUACAAAUAAACUCGAGUGUUCUAACUGUCCAUGAAAUUAUUCAUAAUAUAGUUGCAGUACAAGAAAACUUGUGCUCUGUGGUUGCCCAGACAACUCAUGGAUGCUCACAAAGAAACCUAUCUUCAAAUCAGCAGUUGAAAAAUUGAUAUUCAACUAAAGGAGAAGGGUUUUUGUAAAGAAUUGUAACAUGUGAUGAAACAUGAAUCCCCUAUUAUGAGCCAGAGUCAAAACAACAGAACCUUGAGUGAGAAUGCAUAAAAUUCAGGAUCCAGCUAUCUGCUGGUAAUGUCAUGUUCACAGUGUUCUGGGAUUUUCAGGGACCAAUUUAUUGUCAUUUUAUUGAAGACCAAAGAACAAUCAACAGCCAGUACUACAGUGAUAUUGCUGGAAAACAAAUAAGACCUGCCAUUUGAACGAAACGCUGCGGGCUCUGUACCGAAGGCAUAAUUUUGCUUACAAAAAGUAACUUGCUCCAACCUGGAUCUCUCACUUGCCAGCUUAUAUGAAAAUAAAUAUAUGUAAUGUUAUAUAUAAUUUUAAAAGUAGUUUGUAAGCCAAACACUUUGGUAAAGCGAAACUUAAUUUUCUUCAUUCAUCUAAAAAUGGCAGCCAAGUCCAAUAGUAUUCACAUUAGAAUAAAAAAUGUAAUUUUCAGCAUCAUUUUUUAGUGUUCAUUUUUAGAAUACAAUGUUUAGACAAUUACAUUUUUGUAUAAUAAAUCAAUGAUAAACAUAAAUACCAUGUAAAAUAAAUCUCGCUUUUUGUAUGUUUAAUUACAUUAUUUCAAUACAACAUAAGUCCUUAUUUACUCACCAAGAAAUGUUUGUUAGAAAAUAUAAAUGUGAGAUGAACCUCAGUGAUCCAUUGUAGGUCCAACAUAUUUUUCCUAUGUAGUUGUUGACAUGCAGGUAAUUACAGAGGUAUUUUUAAUACUGCAUGCUGUGAUAUAACUGCAAUUAUGAAAUAUAUUAACAUUGUAAAUUUAUAUUGUCAAAUAUGUAUGUAAAUAGCAGAAAAUCUAAAAUUGUUAAUUUUUUUAAUGCUCCAAAUAAAUCUGUUAAGGCUAUGAAUUUAUGAAAACAUUGAUUAAACGUCAAUUAAAAACUAGAAAAUAAGCUGAACUAAAUUUUUUAAUGUUUAUGCAAACAUUAAAAUGUUUUUUAGGUUUUGGUCUAACAUUUGUUGACUGGAGAUGGCUCCCCACAGAGAGGCCAAAAUAUUUAAAGAUUUGAAUCAUGUGGCAAUGUUUCAAUGUGGUUUGAACCAGAAGAUCUUGUUCAGUCAGAAAUCUGUUUGUUUGUUUUGCCUCAACAGUUUCCAUGUAUAAUUUCAAUAACAAUUGAUCAUUCUUGAAGCUCUUGUCUUAUUGGAAAUGAUAUAUUAAUUUAAACAAACUCUCCAAUAAUAAUAAAAACAAACUUUAUAUUAUUGGAGAGUUUGUUUAAAUUAAUAUAACAAUUGAUCAUAUGAAUAUUUUUAAGCUCAAGCUGCUAGUGAAAGAUCUGGGUUCAAGUUUUAGCAGAUCAAGUAAUUUUCUAAAAUGUAUCUUAGAUUAAGUUAUUUAGACUCAACUUUUGAUUUGUAGUUAAUACUCUCUAACAUAUCAAAGGAUUUUAGCAAGUACAAUAAGUGGUAAACCCUUUAUUUAGCAUGUAUCCAAAGUCAUCCUCACUGUUAGCACUGUCACACACUACUGUAUACAGCUAAGAGUUAAAAAAAAAACAUUUCAAAACACUAUUUUUACUGUUAUUACUUUUUUUUAUUGUGUAGUGUAUAUUAUUUAUUUUUUAGUAUAAGAUUACAGUGUAUAAUUAUUUAUAAAUCACCUGUUUAUUAUAGAUUAUUAUCUAUCAGAAUUAUUGAUAGUAUGUAGCUGUAUAUUAUUGUUUCCAAUUCCUUUAUAGCGUAUAAGCAGCAAGCGAUAAAAACUUUGCCAGUCGAUAAAUACUCAACUAAUCAUAAUUUAGAUACAGACCAAUUGUAAAUUGUAUUUCUGAAUUUUUAUUCCCUCUUUUUGAAAACUGAGUAUUAUUUAGAUUUUAACUGUGUAAAAACCAAAGAGGCUAUACAGGUACAUUUAAAGUACAUUUAAUAUUCAUUUUAAGCAGCUGGUGUAAAAGACUGGCCACUUUGGAACUUGAACUUUCAGUGCUGUAGUAGAGUGCCAGAUUGUAUGAGUGUGUUUGUUAUCAUUUUGGAAUCUGUUGUGUGUGAAUAAAUUGCUUAUAAGUAUUUCACAGCAA